GCCAACACUCCGUUGCCCUUGCACUUUGCGCUCUCUCCUUAGCAUUUCUCCAAUUCCGCCUUUAUUUCCUACACUGCAAUUACAGUUUAAAAUGGACAACCCUGAUUCAGACGCACCACAGGCGCAUUCGACGGCGGUGCAGCACGGGCAGGGCAGUACGUUUGAGCCGGCACGCACGCGGUCACGCGCGCAGUCGUUUGUCAGCGAGCACCUCUUUGUCGAAGACACCGUGGAGCCGACCGGCACCAUCGCCUCGUCGGCAGUGAACCUGGCCAACACAAUCCUGGGCUCAGGCAUGCUGAGCAUGCCCAAUGCGAUGGCCGCACUCGGGCUCGUCUUUGGGUCGGCAGUCAUCGUAUUCUCGGGCUUCAUGUCUGGGCUUGGCCUGUACCUACUGUCGCGGUGCGCCCGGCGGACACAGGGCCGCGACUCGUCGUUCUUUGCCGUGUCAAAACUGACGUACCCGAACGCCGCCGUGUUCUUCGACGCUGCUAUUGCCAUCAAGUGCUUUGGCGUGUCGAUUUCGUACCUGAUCAUCUUUGGCGACCUGAUGCCUGAGAUCGUUGAGGCACUGGGCUUUGAAUCAUUCUGGCUGCUGUCUCGCAACUUUUGGAUCACAUUCGCCAUUCUGGCACUGAUGCCACUGGCGUUCCAACGCCGUCUGGAUGCGCUAAAGUACACUAGUUUUACGGCGUUGCUGGCGGUCGUGUACCUGUUUGUUGUUGUCGCGCUGUAUUAUUUUACGCCGACGCGCGAGCCUCUGCCCAAAGGCGAUGUUGUCUGGUUCAAGUUCUCCAGCUCGUUCUUCACGCACCUGCCUGUGUUUGUAUUCGCCUUUACCUGCCACCAAAACAUCUUUAGCGUGUACAACGAGCUGCGCGACAACUCGUCCAAGCAGGUCAACGGAACCAUUGCAGUCAGCGUUGGCAGCGCGUGCGGAGUGUACCAGUGGAUCGCGAUCCUCGGGUACCUGACAUUUGGCAGCAAGGUUGCCCCGAACCUACUAACCAUGUACAACAGCAACCUGGUCAUUACUCUGUGUCGACUGUCGAUUGCGAUCCUGGUGCUGUUCUCAUAUCCGCUGCAAUGCCACCCGGCACGCAACUGCCUAGACAAGGUCACGACGGCAAUAUACAACGCAUGGAAGAAGGAGCCCGAGUUCGAGGCAAUCAACGAUGCUCCCGACGACGAGGAGAGUGAUAUAAUGGCUGACGAUACAGCAACGUCGGCACCGGUCGUUCAUUUCAUGUCGCCAAUCAAGCAUGUCUCGAUCACGAUGGCACUGAUGAUCCUGUCGUAUGUUGUGGCCAUAUCGGUAACCAGCCUGGAUCUGGUGCUGUCGUUUGUGGGCUCGACGGGCUCUACCACCAUUUCAUUCAUUCUCCCCGGCGUCUUCUACUACAAGAUGCACCAGCACUCACGUUGGCGACUGAUGAAGGUGCUCUCUGUAUUUAUAACCAUUUAUGGCGUCUUUGUACUUGUGUUCUGUCUGGGUGCCAAUAUUGCACGCGUCAUCAGCGGCGAUAUCUAACUCAUCUCCGCUAUCUUUUCAUAUGGAGUAGAUGCAAUAGAACCACCGUAUCCACAAGAACAUGAACAGCACAGUAUAGCUGAUCCACAAUAUAGCAUUGGCGCUGAUCAGCAUGUAGCGCUUUUCACACCGCGAGAAAUAGCCACGCCAAUAUCUGAAGAACCAAGUGCCCAAAGCUGCUGGCUGAACCUGGCAGAACAUCCUUGAAACUACAUUCUCAAAAUGCUCACUCACUAACAUCAUCUGCUCAGCCAAGUCCACAUGUAUGUGUUUUGGUAAUGAUGGAUUUUUUCGCAUCAGUCAC